CCAAGAUGGCGGCGGGGAUGUAUUUGGAGCACUAUCUGGACAGCAUAGAAAACCUGCCGUUCGAGUUGCAGAGAAACUUCAAUUUGAUGAGGGAUCUAGAUCAACGCACAGAGGAUCUAAAAGGACAGAUAGACUCUCUGGCUAAAGAAUACACAGCCAACGCCCGGACUCUUUCCUCUGAGCAAAAGCUGUCCAUACUGAGGCAGAUUCAGCAGUCUUACAGUAAAUGCAAGGAGUUCGGAGAUGAUAAGGUGCAACUGGCUAUGCAGACCUAUGAAAUGGUCGACAAGCACAUCAGACGCCUUGACACAGACCUGGCUCGGUUUGAGGCUGACCUGAAGGAAAAGCAGAUUGAGAGCACAGACUAUGAUUCCACUUCCAGUAAGGGGAAGAAAGUGGCUGCCAUUCCAGGUGACUCCAGACAGAAGGAAAAGAAGGUGGCUAAAACAAGGUCCAAAGUGAAAAGUUCAGAUGAAGAUGGCAGUCCCAAGAGUGCACAGAAGAAAGUCAAACUCCUUCAACCAGGAGAAUUCAACAGCCCUUCCUCCAACUUUGGGAAUGUGCACCCGUCUGAUGUGCUGGACAUGCCAGUGGACCCCAACGAACCCACCUACUGUCUAUGUCAUCAGGUCUCUUAUGGCGAGAUGAUCGGCUGUGACAACACUGAUUGCUCCAUUGAGUGGUUCCAUUUUGCAUGUGUGGGCCUGACAACCAAACCAAGAGGAAAAUGGUAUUGCCCACGAUGCUCCCAAGACAGAAAGAGAAAAUAAAAACACCUGGUUGUCCUGGAAUACAAUGUGGACACUGAUCAGAUGGAGAAUGAGAAGAAUAUUUCUUCAUUAGUUACUAGAACCUUUUGUUUCUCAUCUUCCUUAACAUUUGGUGCUUUUUUUUUGGUUUAUGUAAUUUGCCUUGGUCUGAUGCAGAGUGUGUGAAGGAGCCAAGUGGUUACAAUUAUAUUUAAAUAUUGAUUUGUUUUUUGUAACGGUUACCAAUAAUUUUGUUUUUUUAGUUACUUUUGG